UAAAAGUGUUUGGCGAAUAAAAAUGUAUGAAUGAAUUUUUAGCGCGUUUUUAAAUAGAAGCAGCUUGAAUCACAAUAAUUAAAAAACAUAAGGAAAAGAUUAUUGAGCAACGGAGCCAUUCGAAUCGUUCACGAUGCUGCCGCAGCAAUAUUGCCUGCGCUGGAAGUACCAUCAUAGCAAUCUGCAGACGAUGUUCUCGCAGCUGCUGGACCGCGGAUGCUUCUGCGAUGUGACGCUCGCCUGCGAGGGCCAAUUGAUAAGGGCCCAUCGUGUGGUGCUCUGUGCGUGCAGCACCUUCUUCGACUCGGUGCUGUCGAACUAUGCCAGCGAACGUGAUCCGAUCAUCAUCAUGAAGGAUGUCACCUUCGCCGAGGUCAAGUGUCUCAUCGAGUUCAUGUACAAGGGCGAGAUCAAUGUGGAGCAUGCCAGCUUGCCCUCGCUGCUGAAGACCGCUGACGAUCUGAAGAUCAAGGGCCUCGCCGAGGUUACCUGGCGCGAUGACGACGAUGGGCCGCCACCUCCGAUGCCGGCUGCCGAGUUCCAUUCGCCUCCACGCAGUCUGGCUGAGAGCUAUGGCCACGAUCUGGUAAAUCAGCAGGCGGCGCAUCUACAACCGCAGCUCUCGCUCGCACACAGCGAUCGGGAACGGGAAAGGGAACGUGAACGUGAACGUGACCGUGAACGUGAACGUGAACGCCAUUCGCCAGCGGGUCUGGAUAAUGUCUUGGGUCUGAAUGCCGGCACUCGGUUGCCCGAUUUGACGCCCCUGCCCAGUGCCAGCGCUGGCUUGGACUGCCCAGCGACCGUCUCGGAUCCGUUUCUGGGACCCAAACGCAAACGGGGACGUCCUCCGCUGGAUGACACAUACGAUGUAUUCAAUGUUCGCAAGCUGGCUCAAUAUGCUGCAAAUUUGGAGCCGGCACAGCGCGCAUAUUUGGAGUCGACGCGUCCCUUUGUUGAGGAAACGUUGCCAGUAGCACAUUCCGCCGCAUUGGCGUCGCCGCCUGCUGCCUGCCCGCCCAAGCAGCGCCAGCGUCUGCGCCAGCAGCAGCAGCAGCAGCAACAACAGUCGACGCCAGCACAAAUGGAGUUGGGGGAGCGCGAAUUGGACGCAACACAGGAUUGGGCCAAAGAGUCAAGCCCCAAGCUAAGCGAUGUGGAGCUAAAGACAGAGCUGGAGCUGAGCAACGAUGCGAGCACUAUGCAGGCAACAACAACAACAACAGCAGCAGCAGGAGCCGCUGCCACUGCGCCGCUCUCCAGCUCCGUCAAGAAGCUGGGGGAGAAGCCCGUCGAGCGACGCGAGCGUCAUGGCAAGCUGCGUCAUGCCACGCGUCGGCUUUACGGCGAACAUGAAAAGUCCGCCGAGAAGAAGCGCACAACAGCAGCGGCAAGCGAGUCGCCGGCAGUGGAUCAGCUGACAUCACCCGAGCCGGGUGACCUGCGGGCGAGCGCGGCCGAUGUCGAUGUCAUUGCUGACGGCGACGCCAACGCCGACGCAUUGCCAAAGCCCGUCGAGGAGAUCGAGAAUGAGCAUUUGGUGGCAAAUCGAGCCGAUUCGCCAGCUCUGCUGCCGGCUGGCGGCUUUGGUGGCAAGUACUUGAUCAACGAUCAUGGCAUGCUAAUGGCCCACGAUUUUGCGCCCAAUGCGGUGGCCAGCGCCGCAGUUGCGGCCGCUGCGGCAGCGGCAGCUGUUGCUGUUGCCACAGCCAAUGGCGGCGGCAACAACAAUGCGUCUGCAAGUGGCGUCGAGCAUGCCGGCGACUAUGCCGAGGUCAAGCUGGAGGAUUACGAUGCAGCCGAACUGCGGCUAACCAACGAGGAGCUAACCCAGUGGCAGGAUGUCAUCAAAAUGGAUGACUAUUUGGCCAAGGGGCGACGUCCACAGUUCUGGGAGGAGCCAUUCACCAAGCGCGUACUUGAUGCCAUCAAAAACAAAAGACUUGAAAUGAAGAAGGCGGCUCGCAUCUUGGGUGUCUCCUAUGGCACGCUCUACGGUCGCUAUCGCGAGGUCUACGGCUGUCUGAAGCAUCCCUAUAGCGGCACCACUUUCCGCAAUUCCGUCGCCUCCUCCGCAGGCAGCCAGCUGUCGGUGCAGCCGCGAUUCGAUCUGAGUUUCCGCAGCAGCAACGUUUUACCCACCCCACUGGAGCUGGGCAAGCUGCGGCAAAAGGAUCUCAGUGAGCUCUGGACACGUCCGCAGAUAUGAAAACCAACGAAGCUGUUGAAAAAUCUCAAACGUCGGCCCAGAUUGAUCUAAACUUAGUGUUAAGCACAAUUUCAAUAGGCUAAUAUACUUAUGGUCUAUAUACCCACAACACAAACAAACAAAAAAACAUUCAACAAAAAGACAGUUAAGUUAAGCGUGAGGCUAGUUUAAGAUAAUCGAAAGGAAAAAAAAAAAUAUGAAGAAAA